CAGGCGAAUCUCUCUCGCCAUUGGCGGCUGCGUGAAGGUGAGUUGCGCGUCGGGGGAAGAGGAGCAAACAGCCUCUUAACUCAGUUCACCCAUGUGAAAGAAGAGAUGCGGAGCGGCGGGGGGGGGGGGGAGGGAGGCGAGCUGAUCACUGGAUUGGUCAGAUUGAAUGUCAGAAAGACUUGGGAGAGAGGAAAACAUCGGUCACCUGACCUCUCUCUCUCUGUCUCUCUCUCACACAUCCAUCCUUUUCUGUCAAUGUUUGACUCACAGCAGUGUUUUGAUCCGCUUCUCUCCUUGCUUUUUUCUGCUCCCCUGGUUGCGCACGUGUGCGUGUGAAUGGGUGACGUGAUGGGAGCAAGUGGCCGUUUCCCCGCCUCUGCCCACCCCCCGCUCCUGAAGGCCCACUUGUUUAUUAGUUUAUUGACGGCUACAUUUAAAGUAUGUAUGGAAGUGAGAGCUGGACCAUAAAGAAGGCUGAUCGCGGAAGAAUUGAUUCUUUUGAAUUAUGGUGCUGGAGGAGACUCUUGAGAGUUCCAUGGACUGCGAGAAGGUCAAACCUAUCCAUUCUUAAGGAAAUCAGCCCUGAGUGCUCACUGGAAGGACAGAUCGUGAAGCUGAGGCUCCAAUACUUUGGCCACCUCAUGAGAAGAGAAGACUCCCUGGAGAAGACCCUGAUGUUGGGAAAGAUGGAGGGCACAAGGAGAAGGGGACGACAGAGGAUGAGAUGGUUGGACGGUGUUCUCGAAGCUACCAGCAUGAGUCUGACCAAACUGCGGGAGGCAGUGGAAGACAGGAGUGCCUGGCGUGCUCUGGUCCAUGGGGUCACGAAGAGUCGGACAUGACUAAAUGACUAAACAACAACAACAACAUUUAAAGCCCACCAAAUCGCUCAAAGGGGCACACGUGGUUUACACACCCAGCCCCCACAAUCCCCUCCUAAUCCUCAUCACAACCCAGUGAGGUAGUUCACGCUGAGAGCUGGUGACUGCCCCCCCCAAGUGAGCUUCGUGGCCAAAUGGGGAUUUGAACCCAGGUCCUAGCCUGGCACACUAACUCAGGGGUAAAGACACAUUUCCUUCUGGACAAUGGGAUAGCUCAGUCAGAAGCACAUGAGACUCUUAAUCUCAGGGACAUAGGUACAAGCAGCAGGGUUCCUUCCUUCCUUACUUUUUUGAAAUAAUUUUUAUUUGUUUUUACAAGAAUAAAAUUAUAACAAUACAAAAUACAUACUGUAUCCUUAUUUAGAGAUUCCUCCAAAUCUCUCAACUUCCCACCUUCCCCGCCAUGGGUCCUAUUGUCAACCUUUUCAACUGCAUAUUAUUCUGUAAUCCAUAUUUUAUAUCACUUCAUUUUGUCCACAGUGUUUGCUACGUUACAAAGUAUUAUUGCAAUCCUUCUAAUGUUUUCAUCUGCUUAUAGUGGUCUCUCAGAUAGGUUACAAUCCCCCCCCCCAUUCUUUAUUAAAGUUUUGGUCUUCUUAGUUCCUGAGCUUUCCAGUCAGUUUUGCCAUUUUGGCAUGUCCCAACAGCUUAGUUUGCCAUUCUUCUCUGGUAGACAUUGUCUUCUUUCCACCUCUGGGCUAAUAACAUCUGUGCGGCUGUCGUUGUGUACAUAAAAAGUAUUUUCUGCUCCUUUGGAAUAUUGGUACUUACAAUUCCUAAUAGAAAAGUUUCUGGGUUUUUUUUAAAAUAAAUGUUAUUUUAAACAUUUUUUUCAAUUCAUUAUAUAUCAUUUCCCAGAAUGCUUUUAUUACCUUACAUGUCCACCACAUAUGAUAAAAGGUGCCUUCUUUUUCUUUAUCUUUCCAGCAGGUAUUUGUACUUGAAACAGGGUUCCUUUCAACUCUAUGAUUCUAACAUGACAUUUUCCAUCUUGCAACUCUAUUCUGAUUGCAAUCUGCAAAAUACGUGUGCACAAUGGUAUCCGGAACCCGCCUGCUCUGAGGAGACAGAAUUAUGCACAGGAGUGAUAUAAUAAGGAAAAAUGCAGUAUUUAAAUGCUACAGGCUUUACUAAAAAAGUGACUGGGACUUAAUGAACAGAGGAGGUUGCCAGUGUUACAAAAGCACUGCUCCUAACGCACAAUCUGUUACCACUCUUGCUCAGGGACAGAGGACACAUGUGCCCAACAUGUGUCUGGACCUAUUUCUGCGAUCAGGGAGUAAGCAAGCUCACCAGGAGAAGCAGAUGAGUUGCAAGGAGGGAUUUAGUUUGGUGCCAGGGGAAACUUUUGCCCCCUGAACAUCAGGCUGUUAUUCCGCUCAUUGAGAUGGCUAAGAAAACCAGCAUCUUAGCCAAAUUAACAGGAGUUUGCAUGAGUGUUUUAGGACUUUGGAUCUUGGGGAGUGUCCCUAUAAGGCAGGGAAUUUGUAGUCCUCUGGAUGUUGUCGGACCCCCAACUUCUAUCAACCCCAUCCAGCAUGAUCAAUGAUCAGGGACAAUGGGAGUGGUGGACUAGCAUCUUCUGAAACACCUACUCCUUCUACAAGGAGAGCAGAGACUGGGCCUUUGAAGAUCAAUGGGUACUUAAUGUGGGUCUUUCCUCCAGGGUUAAAAGCAGAGGAGAGGAGGGGAAAUUAUUGGGAACGCUAGAAAAGGAAGGGUCAAAUCUCCUCUUCCUGUGCUCUGGGGUCCUGGUGAAAAUCAGGGCCCUCUGUGCCUAAUGAUUUUAUUUUUUAAAAGCCUCAUGUGUUUCCAAGUGAUGCACUUUGCAUAAGGUGUAGUCUGACCCACAGUCUUGGGAUGCCACAAUAUUAUUUUUGUGUGUGUUUGCUGUAAUAGACUACCCCGAAUACUCCUGGAAAAGUACUGCUGAACUUGAAUUAAGGAAGGAUAAUGAGGAUGUAUUUUCCUUCCAUUCCAUAUGUCCUUCGGUUUACCAUGUUCCUGGCCAGGCUCCUAUAGUUUUAACAGUUUGCAGGUCAGGUAGAAUUUUAACAGGUGAAGCUUCCACCCAUAAUCAGCACAUUUACUGGGAUGGCAAUGCACUGAUGCCGAAAGCUGCAAUUCCUAAAUAAGAGUGCAAGAAGCAUCCUGCUGGAUCAAGCCACAAACCCAUCUAGUCCCGUGUUCUGUUCUCACAGUGGUCAACCAGAUGGCAGUAGGAAGCCUGCAAGCAGGACCUGAGUACAGGGAUGUUCUUUUUUACUUGUGACACCCAGCAACUGACCUUCAGGGGCAUAUUGCUUCCCACAGUGGAGGUAGUACAUAGUCAUCGUUUGUCGUUAUGGCAACAGAGCAACCUCUUUGGACAUGUAACUGGCAGUACUUAUCGGGCCAGCUAAGGCUAUUACUGUUGGAAUUCCUGAUCCAUGAUUGCAGUCAUGGGAUUUUUGUCUGUCACAUGAUGGUAUAUGUUUUGACUCCACAGAGUGGGAAGUGAUGGAGACAGGAUGUUUGUGUUACUGUGUUCCGUGAAGUGGGACUAUUGUUCUUUGUUCUUUUCCUCUUUGCUGUCUGAUGCUAGAGAGAGAGGGAGCUAUGUUGCAGUGCUCUGUGUGUGUUUAUAUGUAAAUAAAGUAGAUUAGCCAAAAUGCUGAGUUGCUGGGGUUUUGUUACACAACUGCGCAAAUUCUGUGGAUCCCUAAGUGCGCUGGUUUCGGUUGGCAUCGAUCACUAUGAUGUUCGGGCAGAAGAAAGCUUAUGAAGCUCCCGAACGAUUGACCAGGAAGGAGAGAACAUGCCAGUCGGGCAUGUGUCUCUGCCAGGGUCCUACUCAAGUGUAGGCUGAACUCCUGACAAUUACAUUGACAAAGGAAAUGGUCUGACUGGUUCAGUGGCCUCUUCUAAGCUUUCUUAAUACAGAACCACAGGCCUUAAGGGACCCACGAAUGCCAUCCACACUGAUCCACACAAACCUAUAACAAUACCUUUUUCAGCAGGUGUGAAAGAGGGCUAUGUGAUCCGGUGAACAGAGCAUGACAAAUUGUUCCUCCUCAAAAUAGUGAAAGCAGGAGCAGGAGGGUCUUGGAGCAGGUGAGCUUGCUCAGAGCCGAGAAAAUAAUUGGGGGAGGAAGGAGGUAUAUGCUAGAGUGCAAUUAUUAUCAGGCAAGUGUCCAGAUAGCUCCAAUUAAACUCUGCGUUGGGGAGAACUCAAGCAUCUGCCUCUCCGGGAGACUGCCCAUCAAACCCACCAUGUAGCUGAAAGGAAGAGGUGGCUAUUGUUUUUAAUUUUGUUUAAAAAGUUGAGGGGGAAAUGUAAAAGAACAGGGCUUGGCAUCUUAUGUGAUUUUCUGCUUUUAAAAGUAAAGCUCUGUUAAGUGGUCAGUUCAGUGGUUCAUUAAUUAAAACUUCUCUGCCAGUUUGAUUGCUGCCUGGAACAGCUCCAAGAGAGCCUAAGUGAUUUGUUUGUGGCUCAUUAGCCUGAUGGAUUAAUGUUUGUCUGGCAACCACCUUUGCCCAACAUUCUGCCAUAGGAAGAGAAAAAGCAGUCGUCCCCCAAGGCAAGCUGCUGGCUGUAUUAAGUUCAGUGGGUUUGGCACAGGACUCUGCCACUCACUCCAAAUAUACUGUGGAACAGCUUGGCUUGGGGAGAGAUCACAAAGCUUCACGUGGGGAGUGCAUGGCAUGGGAUGGAAGACAAAUGCACCUGUACCAGCUCCCCUGGAAUUAAUCCUGUAGGAAGUAAAAGCAAUAUCUGGGCUCUUCUCUUUCAGUGAAUGACAUUUAAAGCCCUUCCAGAUGUAUGUUUUACUGUGUAUUCCUGAUGAUUUAUGCUCAUAAUUGGUACAGUUCUGCGAUCCACUUUCAAAACUGCAAAUGUUUCAGUGCAGAUAUACCACUUUGUUUCCAUUCCCUGUCAUAUCCUGCUGAAAUCCUGAUACUUUUUCUGCCACUAAUGUUCCAGCGGUGUUAAUUUUUUUGGGUGGGUGUGUGCAAGAGCGAACCUCCAGAUUACAAUAAUGCAGUUACAACUAAUGAAGCAAAGUGAUGGGUGGACACUCCAGUACAAAUCCGCUACAAAUACGUCAGUAACAUGGUGUAAGAGUUGCGCGCUCAUCUCGCUUUGUUGGCCAAGGGAGCCAGCGUUUGUCCGCAGACAGCUUCCAGGACAUGCGGCCAGCAUGACUAAGCCGCUUCUGGCGAAACCAAAGCAGCGCAUGGAAACGCCGUUUACCUUCCCGCCAGAACGCUACCUAUUUAUCUACUUGCAUUUGAUGUGCUUUCGAACUGCUAGGUUGGCAGGAGCAGGGACCGAGCAACGGGAGCUCACCCCGUCGUGGGGAUCUGAACCACCGACCUUCUGAUCGGCAAGCCCUAGGCUCUGUGGUUUAGACCACAUUGCCACCCACGUCCGUGGUGUAGAAACAAUCAAAAGUCUGUAGGGCACCUUAGCCAUCACUGCAUUUGGGUUCCUUAUUAUGAGCCAAAAUGAUGCACAUUGUUAAAUUGUCACAAUCAAGUGGCCAGGCCUUUUGGGGAGCUGUGUCAUGUUUGAAUGCUCCCUUGUUUUGGGGGUGGCAGGAUCUCUGCAUAAAGCAAUAUUGCAUGUCGUUUAAAGAGCUCAGCUUCUUUCAGAACACAAUACAGUGGUGCCUCGCAAGACGAAAUUAAUCCGUUCCGCGAGUCUCUUCGUCUUGCGGUUUCUUCGUCUUGCGAAGCACGGCUAUUAGCGGCUUAGCGGCUAUUAACGGCUUAGCGGCUAUUGACGGCUUAGCGGCUUUAAGAAAAAGGAAACAAACUCGCAAGAACUCGCAAGACGUUUCGUCUUGCGAAGCAAGCCCAUAAGGAAAUUCGUCUUGCGGAACGACUCAAAAAACGGAAAACCCUUUCGUCUAGCGAGUUUUUCGUCUUGCAAGGCAUUCGUCUUGCGGGGCACCACUGUAUUUUUCUAUGGGCAGAGAAGGUGUUCCCUGCCCUUAUAGGUUAGCCCUACACCUGAAUGCUGUAGUGAUACAAUGCUGGAGAAGCUUUGCCACUUGAUUUGUCUGGCAUGUAAACUGACCCUAACCCUUUUGCUUCAGAUUUUAAGCCCAUGCUCAAUAACUUCAGUGUAUGUAAAAGUGCUUAAAAGUCUGCUCCUUAUUAUUGCUAUUUUACAGAAAAGAAACCACCCCCAGCUUUUUCUCAUAUAUUCCUCAGAUGCUGCAUUUGCCACCAUCAUCCCUGACAGCAUGUUCAAGAUUUUCUUCUUUUCGAUAUCAUUGCUAUGUCAAGAUGUGAAGCACUAGGUCAAUUACAGUCUGUAGCCAAUCUCGCUAGAAAACAUGCCCCUUUGAUCACAAUCCCAGCUGCUUUUCAGUUCUAAGCUGAGAAAUUGUUGCCAUAGUGAUCCUAUUCUGCGGAACACAUUCUCUGAACUCAGUAUCAUGCUAUAACAAUGUCUGCUCUUACGGAAAGUAAUUUAUAGAGUAUGUGCAUUUUUCUUCCCCAGCACAAGAUUCUGCCUAUUUAAUGCUGGUUCAUGCAUAAAUCACAGUUGCAGGAAAGAACUGGGCGAGGACUCCAUCCAUUAUUUUUUUAGCCAGGUUGUGAGGCUGCCCCACAGUCAAUUGUGGGUGGGUGGGGGGCAACCAGGAAUAGCCAAAGGCAUUUUAUUACCUGAAGCAGCCUUUCUCAACUUGUGGGUCCCCAGAUGUUGUUGAACUACAACUCCCAUCACCUCUAGCUAGCAAGGCCAGAGCUCAGGGAUGAUGGGAGUUGUAGUCCAACAAUAUAUGGGGACCCACAGGUUGAGAACCGCUGAGUCCUGAAGUGAAGAAUAAAAUAGUGCCUCCAGAUCCAAAUAUCACAGUGAGUCUUAUUUCAACAUUGGCUGUGAGGCAUCAUCCUUUACCACACUGGAGGGCAGCCGGAUAGCUUAGUGGGGAGAAGGAGUAUGUGUGGUAUUAGGGGCUGGUCUGAAUCAGAUGCCAGAGACUGGUCUGACUCUAAAGAUGAAGGAAUGCAGGCAUAGAAAGAGCAGCCUCUGACAGAGGAGGAGGGAGAGGAUUCACCCCCCCGCCUUACAUGUUCCCAGAAGCAGAGAUACCAGCAGAUUCAGAAGUUGCUCAUUCGGGGGAAGAGCUGGACAGUUUUGAGAUAGUAGCUAGGCAACCAGGAGGGAGGGAGCCUUUACUCCUACUCUUCAGUUGAGAGUGGUGGGGAAGUCCCUCCCUCCCCUUGAUCUCAGAGGACUGAAAGGGUCCAAGAGCAACAGAAACGCAGGGGAGGGACAGGUGUCCGGUGGCAUGCUUCUUGCUGCAGAAGGAUAGGGGACUCAGAGUGAGCAACUGCCAUUCAUUGGGAGGGUGGCCUGAUGCUGCUCUCAGUAUGUUGUUGUAAAUAAAACAGACUAUAAACCUGCCAAAGGCUUGUUACUUCUUAUCGGAAGCUACCGGAGGGAGGGGGGAACUCCCUUGCCAGCCAGCAUACCUGGCAUGUGGACAUAUUGUUGUCCUUCAAUACUUGAGGACUGGAGUGCUCACAUGCUGCACUGAAUGAGUGUACAAGCUGUGUGCUUGUGUACAGAAAGAGUGGAGCUGCACACCCAUAUAGUUCUUCACAUGUAAGGAGUGUACAACCUGCGUACCUGUGUGCAGAGUAGCUGAGCUGUACAAAUCAGCAAGUGUACACUCUUUCACACUAAGACUACAUAUGUGUACUUUGUACCUGUGUUUGGCAUAAUGUGUGAACAAUUCUCUACCACCACUUCUUGUCCGCAAUCAUCCCCCAUCUGAGAUGGCGGUCUCACUCUAGGCUCAUGAGGCAGUUUCAUUCUAGGAUGAUGUAAACCUAAAUCUAUCCAUCCAUCUAUCUGUCAUAUAAAGGAAUUCCAAACUUUGGGGUUUUGUGGAUAUGCACAGUCAGAGGAAGUAAGCACAGAAGAGAAAAUGGCUGUUGUGAUGGAAAGCUUAACCUUUUGGAACAGCUGAGUCAUAACCUAGUGGUUUACCCGGUGCCAAUCCAGAACCAUGUCAUUUGCUAUGGCUGCAUUGGUACCUGCAUAAGAGAUGCACCAAGAUUCUUCUGGGCAGAUCUAGAUGAGCUGAUUCAUAGCCCAUACACAAAUUUGUGUGUAUGUGUGCACAAAUGUACACAAAGUGGGAUUUAGUUCUAAGCUGGGUAUUAUUAGAACUACAUCCUUGAUCUUUAUUCCCCUGACAAAAGCUUUGAGUCACUCUCUAACAGAUGCAUAAUACGCAAGCUUUCCCAUCAUGUAGAUGCAAAUUUCUGUCUUGUUACUAGAAGUUCCUUGAUAUCGAUUCCAGAAUAAGAAACUUGGGAAUUGUGGCUUCAAAUCACUUACAGUCCACAAAUGCAUAUGCCUAUACUUAAAAUAUGGUGCUAUAUGUUCAAAAAUAUGGCAGAUGGAUAGGCUUCUUGUGUUUUAAGUCCCCCGUAUCCAUAAUUACGUAGGUUAAAUUUGGCUGAGUGCAUGCUUGAUUACCUUCCUAACUUAUUUUUAACCUUGUUAUCAGUUGGACUCUUUAUAGGGAAAUUGUCUUUUUAUGGUGAGAAAAUCUGACUGAUUUUUUUAAAAAUAAAAAUAGUUGUUGCAUCUAUACACAGCAGAUUUAUACUGCAGUCCUAUUCUGUAGGUUGAGCUCAGUGAGACUUAUUCCCUUGAGUAGAUAUGCGUAGGAUUGCAGUGUUAGAUUAUGUUUCCUAAAUUAGGAUAACCUUUUUUUUUUUUAAAAAAAAAGAAAACCUAAACUAUGGAAAAGUUGAUGUUGAACACCAGGCACUCACAAUACAACAGUGCUUCUCUGACACAUCUCUUCUGCAAUUGUAUUUCAGUGUAACAGCCAAAUACCAAAGAAUAUUAAACUGUGUGGGGCAAACACUUUAAUUCAAGCCCUAUUGGACUCAGAAGAGUAAAGUUCUGAGUCUGAGGAUGGGGGAGAGGAAUGCUCCUUCUAAACCAGCCCAGGCAGAAAAAAAAAUAUUGCUGUUUUAUUUCUGAAGCAGUGAACAGGUUGAGUCUCAGUGGAAUGCUGAACUUUAAUAACAUUCAGUACAAAUGGUGUCAGCCUUUCAGCAUAGGCAGGAAUACAUCAUUGAUUUUUUGUUUUGUUUUUUGUUUCCUCAAGUAUGAAGUCAGUUUGCAGAGGAAAAACAAAACUAAGCUUUAAAGAAAAUAGGAGGGAAAGGCCUCUCCCUCCCUCUCUCCCUUCUGCAACCCACAACAACCCGUUUGCGUUGACCAGUUCAAGACAUCCUGUUAUAUUGAGCAUUCAUUCUGCAGGGAGGUUAUAUGAUGUUGAACUAAGCAGAUGUUUUCCCCAUUGUAUUUUAUUAAGUUGCAACAUUUUUAACAUAUCCUAUACACAAUUACAUUGUUUCUCUUAUUUUUGUUGUCUUCCCAUCCAGCUUUCCAUGGAGUUGUUGUAAAAAAGCUAUCUAUUAAACCAUAACCACAAUGCUGUAAUCUAGUUCCUUCUGUUGCUCAUAGUUCAAAUCCUGCUUGCAAAUUCGUCUUACUCUAGUAAUUCUUUAUGUAGUCCAAGAAAGGUGUCCAUUCUUCCACAAAAGACUCAUCAUUGGAGUCUCUUUAUGUUGCUGUUAAUUUUGCCAAUUCUGCAAAGUCCAUUAUCUUGCUUAUUCAUUCUUCUUUAGUGGGAACUUCUUCUUCCUUCCAUUCCUGCACAUAAAGAAUCCUAGUUGCUGUUGUUACAAAAAUUAAAAAAUGUGACUUGCUUUUCGGAAUUUCUGUCCCUAUAAUCCCUGCAUUAAGAUGAUGUUAUUCCAUACUUUCCAGCUUAUUUCACCAUAACUUCCCUUAUUGCAAAAAGCCCAUUAAAAGAAAAAUCUGUGUGGUUUGUUGUGCAAGAGCUGAGGUGAGAGUUGCCAGUGCUGUGGACCAGUCCUAGCACAAGGGGUUGGCAGCUGGCGGCUUCCCAACCAAGCCUGCCCUCCCAAGUAGCACCAGCUGGUGAAAAGGAGAUGUCAAUGGGCUGCAUCUGUUGCAAUGUGAUUGAUAGUUUGUUGUUUUUUGGACACAGACCCUUCCAUCCAGCACAUACAAACCACAUUUCUAACCCCCAAAAUAAUCCUGGGGACUGGGUGCUGUGAAUUGUAGCUCUCUGAGACGGAAACUACCAUUCUCAGGAUUACUGGGAGGCGGUGUUGUGUGUGCUUUAAAUCUAAGGUGGGUUUGGAGCCUCAAGUUUAAUGGCACAGCCUGAGUGUGUCAGUAUCUGUCUGAAUCCCACCCCAAAAUAGCAACUGUCUGGAUCCACCCCUAAGUGCACUGUAGGAAUUGGUCCACAUUCUCAUCACAAGAAAUAUAAUUCAGAAGUUGAGUCCACGGAAGAUUUGACUGUGGUCAGAAAGCCAUAUGCCCACAUAAGCUAAACUGUAGCAGAAUGGAUGGGCAGCUCUGGCUGACUGGUGCCUUUACUGAUCUGUGCAGCUUGAAGUUGUUUUUAAUAGUAUCGUAGAAUUGUAGAGUUGGAAGGGACAAUGAGGGUCAUCUAGCUCAAACCCCCUGCAAUGUGGGAUCUUUUGCCCACAGCAGAGCUCAGACCCACAACCCUGGGAUUAAGAGUCUUUUGUUCUACCUGGUUUAUGUUUGUUGAUUUUAAAAAACCAUUUUGGGAUGUUACAUGGGAAGCGAUUAAUAAAAUAAAUACAUACAUACUGAUAUUAUUUUCAAACAAACAAAUAAAUAAUAUGUGCACAGCCCUUGGGUUCUUCUCCUGAAAUGUUCAGUUGUGUGUCUAAAAGCUUGCGGUAACUCGCUAAACUCUCCAGUUUUCUUUCAGGAUCAGAUGUCACAUGUGAGAAAUAUUUCAAAGGGCAUGUGAGUCAGGAUUUUGGGCAAGAAGCACUUGGUAACUUUAUAUCUGAAAUUUAAGGAUGCCUGAACUCUGGAGCACUCAACAGGGUGAUCUCCGGAGCCUGCUUGCUGUAUCUUAUUUGUAUCUGUGCAACUUACACCUCUGCAGACUUUUAAGGUUUAGCCUGUAUCAUCUGCAUCUGAACAGCACGUUUUUAACAGAUACUUCAACUGGGAACUAUUUGCAUUUAUAUUAUUGUUUGAAUGAGAGGGAUAGGGUUGAGAUUUCGUAAAGGAACUUUACCAUCAGAGGCUGCAUACACAUCAUAUAUUUAAGGCAUUUGCCUUCCCCCAGAGGAAUCCUGGGAACUGUAGUUUAUUACAAUUCUCAGACUCCUGAACAAACUACAACUCCCAGCAUUCUUUGGGGGAAGCCAUGUGCUUUAAAUGUAUGGUGUGUCUGCAGCCUCUGAUGGUGAAGUUCCUUUACGAAAUCUCAGCUAUUCUGUACUCUGUGUGUUUAAGGCCCAGCUCUGGGUGCUGAAAUAUGGACUCCUGCUGUCAUGCUCUAGAAAAGCCCAACCUGACGCUGCCCAGUGUUGCUGGACUCCAAAUCCCUGAACAGUGGUCAUAUUGGCUGGUACUGAUGAGAGUUGGAGCCCCCCCACAAUACUUGGUGGAUACCGAGUUGAGGAAAGGCCUCUGUAAAGUGGCUGUUGCGUGGCUGUCUUCGACCCAUGGCAGGGCUUCUCAGUGGUGGCUCCCCAUUUGUGGAAUGCCCUCCUUGAUGAGGCGCAUCUGUCUCUCACAUUAUUAACAUUCAGGAGGAAUAAUGGCCAUUUAGGCCAUUAUUUCCCAGGGAGAUUCUUUGGAAAGAGUUCAACAGCACCUAAAAUUGGCUGCAGACAAGGAUUGUGGACAUUAUCUGAACCCUCUCAUUUCACAGUUUUGCCACUUUUUCAAUCCUGAGGAGCUUUGAUGGGAUUUCUCUGCUGAUCAGCAGUCACAGCAAACACCAGGUUUUCUGCACGUAGCCCUUAGUUAGCCUGACACCAGCUAUUACAUAGCCAGUAUUUGCUAGAAUCAGCCUUUCGCAAGAUUACAUAAUCAGAUUUGCACAACUUUUGAUAACUGGAGGUCGACGGAGCCUGAGAUACAAGUUCUGUUUUACCCAACAGGGCCCUCAAGACUGUUUGAACUUCUAACAUAACCCCGUCUUUACAUUGUAAUGUACACUUGUGUUGCAAGCUUAUAUACCCAGAGCCGAGUGAUUUCUCUGUGUCCUUGUGUUAAAUGUACUGGAGUUUCAACCCUUGUUAGAGAUAAAGCCUCAGACACAGAAAAAUGCAAGCAGCUCUUAAAAUGCAAGUAGCAGGCCUCCCUGCUUUCCUCCUCCCCCACCCGUAGUCAGAGGAGUUUCAAAACCAGCUUGCUAUGUUAUAGAAGCCUUGUUUAGGAAGGGUGGAAAAAGCCUGAGGCAAACAACCCCUUAAGCAUAUAUGAGGUUCCAACUUCCAGAAUGAUAGUCAAUUCUAGUCUGAUGCCAGCAAAACCCAAUGUAGCUCAGCUGGUUAGAGUAUGGUGUGCUAAUGCCAAGGUUGUAGGUUCAAUCCCUGUAUAGGACAGCUGCAUAUUCCUGUAUUGCAGGGCAUUGGAGUAGAUCAGGGGUCAGCAAACGUACUGUGCCUCAGGCCGGUGUCUCCAGUGCCGAUCGCGCAGCAAGCCGGAGGGCAGGGGAGCGCGUGCCCAUGUAUGUGUGCACAUGCUAUUUCCAGUGCACUUCCGGGUCAGAGAAGCACCGGAAAUUGCUUGUGCGCAUGUGCACGGGCCUCCUCCAACCCGGAUGUGCACCGGAAAUAAUGGUUGCGCAUGCGCACAACACUUGCGCAUGCACACAAAUUAUUUCCGGUGCUCCUAUGACCUGGAAGUGGGCAGCCGCGCAGCGCAGUGCCGGUAAGAGCGGGUGGUGGCAGCGGGCAGCGGGGGUCGCUGCGGGCCAGAUAAACAAGUCCCUCAGGCCUUAUCUGGCCCGCAGGCCUUAGUUUGGGGACCACUGGAGUAGAUGAUCCUCAGGGUUCCUUCCAACACUAUGAUUGGUAGCACCUAAGGGCCCCUCAGAUAUCCUUUUUAUUGCACUUCCAUUAUUAUUUGCACUUAUGGUGCUACUGGGGCAGUUAUACAGCAUUGGCGUAUGCAAAGGUUUUGAGCAGGUCACAAUGCUUCAUUUUUAGUCAGUGCAUAUCCUUCAACACCCUGCUGAAAUCUCACAACUUUUCACAUCACAAAUGAUUCUCCCCACUAUGUUGUAUUAAAGCCUCUCCAGAGAGCAAUAACGUGGUAGCAGUUGGGGAAGCAUCAUUGGACCCCUGACCAUUGGUCAUGCUGGCUGAGGCUGAUGGGAGUUGUAUUCCAGUAACAUGUGGGAGGGCAACACAUUGACUACCCCUGCAGGAAAGGGAUGCAGAAGAGGAUGGUGAUAAUAAUAAUUAAGAUUUAUAUACAGUGGUACCUCGGGAUACAUACGCUUCAGGUUACAUACACUUCAGGUUACAGACUCCGCUAACCCAGAAAUAGUGCUUCAGGUUAAGAACUUUGCUUCAGGAUAAGAACAGAAAUCGAGCUCUGGCGGCACGGCGGCAGCAGGAGGCCCCAUUAGCUAAAGUGGUGCUUCAGGUUAAGAACAGUUUCAGGUUAGGAACGGACCUCCGGAACGAAUUAGGUACUUAACCUGAGGUACCACUGUACCACCCUUCAUCAGAAGAUCUCAGGGUGGUUCACAAGAUACAAACAUGAGAUACAAGUAAAUAGUUGAAACAAAAACAACAAAAUAACCUCCUACUCCCACAAACUCAAUUAAAAGGCUAUAGAAUAUUAAUCAGCCAAAGGCCUGGUUGAAGAGGAACAUUUUUGCCUGGCACCUAGAGAUAUAUAAAGAAGGUGGCAGAUGAACUUCCCUGGGGAGAACUCUCCACAAGCAGGGAACCACUGCGGUAAAGGCCAGUUCUCAUGUUGCCACCUUCUGGGCCUCUUCAGGAGGCACACAAAGAAGGGCCUCAUAUGAUCAUCGCAGGGUCCAGCUGGGUUUAUAUGGGGAGAGGCAGUCCUUGAGAUUUAAUGAGAGUUUGCCCUGAGGAUCUUCAGAUUUUUCUGCCCUCUGCUUCUUCUGUUCCCUUCUUGGUUAUUACACAGAGAUGCUAUGCGCACGAGGCUGCUGCACAUAUUUGGAAGAUGGUUUGCAAGAAGAAGUUCAUGGAAGCUUCCCAAAUGUUACCUUAGGUUUCUGCCUACAACUCCCAUCAGCCCCCCGCUGGCACAGUCAUUGUGUAUCGCCGCUAGCACAUGCUAUAAACCCAUGUGUGAUUGCGCAUGAGCACUAAGGCACCAUGCUGCACACAGCUUUACCCUGCAGUAGAUGAGACACAUUUUGAAGUAUGGUAGCAUAUGAACAUAUUGUUUUUCUAGUAGAUCUUUAACUAAAAGAGCAAACACUGCCUCAGCAAGAAGACAGGCUAUAUUCCAGAGUACCAGAAGCAUUCAACAGCCAGAGAAGGCGACUUCAGCAAUGUGCAGUGCAGGGAAAACUCAAGCCCUGAUCUUUGGAACAGAAAAAGAGAUUAUAGAACCAUAGAAAUGUAUAGUUGGAAAGGUCAUCUCAUCCAACCACUGCAGUGCAGGAAUCUCAAAUGAAGAAUCCAUGACAGGUGGUGAUUCUACUUUUGUAGAAGAGUCCACCACUUUCCGAAGGAGUCUGUCCCACUGCUACCUUCAGAAAGUUCUUCAAAGCAUGUUCCUAUUGUAUCAGAGAUAUAUGGGAGGGGAUGUCAGUUCUGAGCAUAGCUGUCAACUUUUCCCUUUUCUUGCGAGGAAUCCUAUUCGGAAUAGGGGAAUUUCCCUUAAAAAGGGGAAAUGUUGACAGCUAUGGUUCUGAGCUGAGUUAUAGGCUGGAAUCCAGGUCUCUGCUCUGUAAAGACAUUGUUUCCACCUGAAUCCUGCCUCUUAGGACAAACUUUUGGGGAGCUGGAUUUAUCCCCCCACAGGCCCAUAUAACAGAUGGGAAUAUUAUUGUGCAGAUCUCCUGAAGCAGCCCCAGUGUCUGAAGUAGGAGAAGCCCUCAGUGGCUUGUGCCCCCACAUUAAAAAAACAAACCCACCACAAACACAUUCAAUAUGUGAGAAUGGCCAUUAAUCUGUUGGAAGCAGUUAAACUUCCUAUAAGGACUAAAAACUGCCCCUACCGGUACAGUGGUAACCUUGGUUUAAGAACAGCUUAGUUUAUGAACAACUUGGAUUAAGAAUGUUGCAAACCCGGAAGUAGGUGUUUUGGUUUGUGAACUUUGCCUUGUAAAAAGAACAUGUUGAGUGUGUUCCAUUGAGCCCGCGCACCCGCUAUGGGAAAGCAGGCCUUGGUUUAAGAAUGCUUUGGUUUAAGAACGGACUUCCGGAAGGGAUUGACUUCAUAAACCAAGGUACCACCGUAUUUCUUUAAUGGGAUGUGACGCUGGAUUCAAUGUUAUUUAUUUUUUAAACAUUUAUUCUACUUCUGUCUUGGCGCUUAUGUGUGCAUGUGUGCAUGCACAUGACAUGGACCCUUUCCAUUCCUCUGCGUUAUGGUCAUCUUGAGUUGAGCUGUGGCCAAUUAGUUAAUGGAAUAAACCUACAUAUAUUUGCAUAUGACAAUACUUGGAAGAGGGGAAAAACUUCUAUUGUUUUGAGAUGUUGCAUGUAUGUAUUGUGGCAGACAUCUUCCAAGAAGAGGCAUCACCUCUUGUUUGAGGUUGGAGGACCUGUCCAAAGCCAGUUUUUCAUAAGUGUUUUCUCAAAAAAAUGUACAGUGUGUUGCCUGAUUAGUUGAUGCGUGCAGGUGUUGAAUUAAAAGCCCCUUUCAGUUACUAAUCUAAUGAAAUAAAUACAAUUAAGCUCAUUUAAGUCUCCCUGAAUUAAAUGGUAGUUAAAAGUAGUUGAUUGCAUUUAUUUAUAGAUUGAUAACAUGCUUUUCAGCCCUAGAGCGCAAGAACAGAAGGGAGCCCUCCUGGAUCAGAACAAAGACCCAUCCCAGGGAUGGGGAACCUCGGGAUGAGAGGGGUGGGCAGGCUGAAUGUGGUCCCCCAAGUCUCUCUGUCUGGCCCUCAGGACUUCAUCCAGAUCAUACCAGCUGCCUUGCCACACCCUAACUGGCCUUGUAUUGCCCCCUUCCUUCCUGAUUUUGCCUGGUUGGAACAUAUCCUUGCAUGUCGAGGUUGCCUCUUGCUUCCCUGGAUAAAGCAUAGAGAGGGGUGUCCCUAUGGUACAAAAGUAACAUUUACAUUCGCCGCUGAAAUAUACUCGGAGUCGAGUGUGGAUUUCAUGCUCUUUAUUCAGCUCAGAGUAGUGAGGAAAGGAAGUUCCCCCGAAAUGUCUGCUUUAUAUACAUUAUUUACAGAAUGGGCCCCACGUGAUUGGCUAAUUCUGGGAUUCUCUUGUAGGCUAAUCAGAUUGCGGAUUCACUUUCACCUGGAGUUGGAUUGGGUGGCUCCUGCGGACCAAUCAGACUGCUGCAUUCUGGAUCCUAUUGUUCUAGGACCAAUCAGACUGCUGCAUUUUGGAUCCUAUUCAACUCAGUACAUAACAGCCGCCCUGCCCACUUUUGGCCCUGGCACUGCCCACCCCUGGCAUGUGGCCCCCAGAAGGUUGCCUGGAAUGGAAUGUGGCCUCUGGGGUGAAAAAAAGUUCCACGCUAAAUUUAAACUGGAUUGUACCAAAAUAACCAUAUUCAGAGGCUAGACUCUAGCUAGUUCAUCAUUAGGUUCUGGCAACUUUAUGGGGUCAGCAGAUUCUUUGGUGCUUUGGGGAUGUAAAAGGGAGCCUCUUCAACAAACAACACUGUAAAGACAUGCCACACAACUUAACAAAUAUGAAAUAGAGGCUUGGGGGUGGGGGUGGGGAGAGAGACAGAAAAGCAAUGCCCCUUGCUCUGUGCAGUCAGAGAUUCACCUGUUGCCUGGGCAACCUUGCAUUGCAGGUAUUGCAGGCUGCUGUGUUGUUAUUGAUAGCCUAGAGAGGGGAAUGGGACACUGAAGAUAUUUAUGUUAUGUUUGCUUUCCCUGUAGAUGCCAUUAAUUUCUGCAAAGCUUAAAGCUGCUGUGCCCAAGCACAAGGAGGCCAGCGUUUGUUGUGCAAAAACUGCAUGUGGAAAGAUGGGGUGUAGAGUUUAAGCAGGUAGUCAAUCACUGAGAAAGUCCUACAGGCAUUUUGGUGCUCCGUUGAUGGGCACUUUCACAUUUGGGUUGAAAAGUGGAGGAGUACUUAUUCAGCAAAAAAAGCAUAUAAAGAUAUGGAUGAGUUGAAGAGAAGAGAUUCUGUUGCUGGCCAUUGCUCAGAUUACAGGCGCCAUUUAAAAGCUUUGUAGCUGCCUGGGGAAAAGCUCCGUUGAAUUUAGUGGGACUGAACAAACAUACAUAUUAUCCACGUUCUCAGACUACCCUUCCUUAUCCCCAUUGCACAAGCCCUGUUCCAGAACCAGUGGCUUUGUAGCUAUACAAAUAUACAUAGAGGAAAUUCAACUGCAAAACCCUGUUCGUGUUUUCCUCAGUCCAGGAGUUCCUACUAUUCCCAUACAAGGAAAUGUAGUAGUGAUACUUAGGGAAACCAGACUGCAAGGUUCUUGUGGUCUGUCUGUGGCCGAAGGGCCAUAUGAUCCCCCAUCCAAGUAGUUUGUGGUCCUCCAGCUGUUGUUGGAGACCAACAGUCAGCAAUGAUAGGAUAGGAUGAUAGUGUUUGGAUGACCACAAGUUUCCCAUCCCUGUUCAAAAGUGAACUCUUUCCCGCACCCCUUUUGAAACAAACAGAUUACAUGGGUUCGUAUAUUUUAUUUAUUUAUAAUAUAAACAUUUUCUUUAAAAAACCAUGGCAGUGGAUAAAAUCAGUAAAGCGUCAUAAAAUUAUACAAUAAUAAAAUACAGAACAAAUGGCCAGUGCGGAAUCAAAUUACGGCCGCAUACACACUCCUGUUUAAUAUGCAUUCAAUGUGUUCCCACAACAGUAGCCACAACUCGUACCUAGCAUGUAUCUAUUCUGUCAUUUGUUAUGAAAUACUGUGUUUUUAUGCCUCCCCCCACAACAGCUUUGAUGUGUCUUGAGAAAAAUAACUGCUUUUUCUGCUUUUUAACCCAGUUAUGUAUACAAUGCCUGAUUUUCUAAACGCUUGGCUUAAUGAAAACAUUUUCAGCGGGUGAUGAAAUGCCAGAACUGUAGGUGUCUGCCUGAUCUCAAUAUAGGAGCAGUCCCACAAAUUGCUGGUGACAUUAAACCUGAAGACUUAGUUCACAUGGAAAUUAAAUGGAUAUGAGGCAACUCACAUGAGAUAAUGUGGAUAUGCGCUCAUCCUUUGACCUUUAAAGCAAAAACUAAUGCAAGAGAAAUGCUUAAAAUUUGUUCUAAAAAUUCCCUAGGAACUUUGUGGAAAGUUGGAGACUGACCUACUUCAUCAUACUGACCAAUAGGUGUGCAUAACAGUCGUACCAAAAUGUAGAGCAACAGUGAGGGUUUCUUAGAGCUUUCAGAGUAUCUGUGUGGUUUUCAAAAAUAAGAAUCUGCAAGAUUGAUUCGACAGGAGCACAGAUACAAAAAUCAGCACACAUGCAGUGGGCAAACUCAAAGCUCUGUAGCACCACCUCCAAGUCUCCAAAAAUCUCUCCUGGCCACAUGGCUUGGAUUGGCCGAUAAAGUUUUUUGCUGUUAGCAUUGGUUACUGUACAUAGAAAAAAUAAUAAUACCUCGAACCAGCUAGCAGGAAAGAGGUGUCCCGUCUCAAUUUCAUACUCAAUCUACCAAAUGCUCAGAACGAGAUGCUUCUCACUUAUCAGAUUCACAUGAAGGCCUUUUUAGUGCUGUUCCUGCUGUUGCCCAGUAAACAUGAUAUACAGUGUUUGCAUGAGGUGCUUCUCUCCAUUUCCUUUGCCCCCCUGGGAUCCAAGUUCCUAUAAAUAAAUGCUUGAGCUCUAGUCAGCUGUGUGUAGAAUGAAUGACAUUUAACCUUUCCACUCCUUCCUAAUGCAAUCCAGAAUAGUAUAGAUGCCGGAGGUUGGCAGGAGGAGGGAGAGGGAAGUGCAGGAUAGCUUCCCACUUUGGGGGACUUUCUCUUUGGGAAAUAUUUGUGAGUCACAGAUGUCCAUUAUAUCACCUGUCCCACACUCACCAUGUUCUUUUUCAGCCUCUCCUGGUGUUUCUGCAGUAUACAAUCUUGGAAAGAAGCCUGUUGGGUUCUCUGGCUUUCCUCCAUUCUGCUUACAUCAGGCUGGCUGUGAGAUGAAUCAAUAGAAUGUCAGGAAAUUUAUAGCUGAGGUGGGGAAUAGUGACAAAAUACUGCUUUAAAUGUACAGAUGGGGUCGAAAAACAAUACUGUGAGCUAAAGACACUAUUGCAUCCACUGUGGCUGCAAAAUCUGGAUGUGAAAAAGAACAACAGUGGCACCAUCACUUAGGACUUGUUGUGUGCUGUGGGUGACUCUUUAUUCAUUCACCUGUCCUAACUGGAGACUGCAAAAUGCAAACUAAUUUUUUAAUUUUUUAAAUUUUAAACGCUACAGGAGUUGCACGCUGCCUGUUGCCUCUGUUUUCAAUCAAUAGGCUCCUUGUCCUCCUCAGACUUGCCCUUCUGCUCCAACAAGACUUGGGAUCUUGUUUCGCGGGUCUGCCAAACAUGGCAGUUGUUUAGCAACUGGCAGCCGCACACGGCACACUUGGUUUGUGGGAGGGGAAGUGGGAAAGAAUGCAAUCCCACUGGACGGGCGUAAGGUGAUUUUAAGUUGAGAGAAGAAUACGUGUAAUUGCCAAGCUUGGGCACAGGCCAAGACGAUUUUGGAUAACACCUCUAUUUUUACAAACAGGGAUAUCCAAUCUUCGUCAGUUGGGGCUGGAGGCUGCAGUGACCUUCAACGGACUCAUCUUGGCACCGUUUGGAAGAAGACUGGCACAGCAUGUCCCAAGCCCAAUGGACUAGCAAGAACAAACAGUAACUUCCUUCAUUCUAGGACUCAGCCCAAUGGGUUUCCAAGAAAAUGCACGAGGUCCUUCAUAGAACAGGAGUAUAAUUAUGGGCAUGGAAGAUAUAGAGACAUACAUCAUUUCCAACCUUGUGUGUGUGAGAGAGUGAUGCAAGUAGCUAGCUGUUCAAAGGAUAGAAACCUAAACCCAAAGCCCUUGUUGCUAAAGCUAAAGUGGUUCUUUGGAUCCUGGACAAUUUAAAUAGAGGACUUGUUCAUUCAUGCAAGUAGUUGCACCUCCACUUUAAUGCUGUCAGGUGCCAUGUACACCAAGGCCAUGGGUACGGUAUGCCCUGCAGAGGACCUUAAGGUCCAUAAAUAACAACACUUUGGAGGUCCCAAGCUGCAAGGUGGUUAGAUUGGUCUCAACUAGGGCCAGGGCCUUUUCGGUACUGGCCCCGACUUGGUGGAACACUCUGUCACAAGAGACCAAGGCCCUGCGGGAUUUGACAUUUUUCCGCAGGGUCUGCAAGACGGAGCUGUUCCACCUGGCCUUGGGUUUGGAUACAGUCUGACCCUUAUGUUUCCCUCCCCUUAUGGUUUUGAUUUAUGGGCUACUACUAAAAUGAGGCUGUAUUUUAAAGUAUUUUAACCUGUAUUUUAAUUAACUGUUUUUUCUUUUUCUUUUAUGUUUUAUUGUAAUUCUAUUGCUGUUAGCCACCCUGAGCCAGGUUCUGGCCAGGGAGGGCGGGGUAUAAAUAAAAAUUAUUAUUAUUAUUAAAUUAGCAUCAGUGGUAGCUAAGAGAGGUUUCUCAUAUUACAAGUGCCUUUGCAAACAUCUAUGGCAUCCACCUUUAAAAUGUUCAGGUUUACAAUGAAUGUGUGAAAUGACACUCCUGGAGAUCCCAGUGGCAAUCUCUAGGCUGAAUGACAAUUUUGCAUCAGGACUUCAGAUGGAGACCUUUACAAAUCCUGUCUUCUGAGAUCCUUGUCGGCAGUGGGGAACCUGCUGUCUUCCAGAUGUUGCUAGACUUCAAUGCCCAGCAUCCCUACCCAUUGGCCAUUCUGGCCGGUGUCAAUGGUCCAACAACAUGUGCAAGGCCACAGGUUCCCCACCUCUCCUUUAGAUAAAAGUAACGUUUGGAAUGGCAAAAGCCGUACUGGGAUGCAAUCUCAAAAAUGAUAGAAUGACCUCGAUACGAAUCCAAGGCAAACCUUUUAACAUCACAGUAAUCCAAGUUUGUGCAACAACUAUGGUGCUGAAGAAACUGAAAUUGACCAGUUCUAUGAAGACUUACAACACCUUCUAGAAAUGACACCAAAGAAGGAUGUUCUUCUCAUCAUAGGGGAUUGGAAUGCUAAAGUAGGGAGUCAGGAGAUAAAAGGAACAACUGGCAAGUUUGGCCUUGGAGUUCAAAACAAAGCAGGGCAAAGGCUAAUAGAGUUCUGUCAAGAGAACAAGCUGGUCAUCACGAACACUCUUUUCCAACAACACAAAAGACGACUACACAUGGACAUCACCAGAUGGGCAGUAUCGAAAUCAGAUUGAUUAUAUUCUCUGCAGCCAAAGAUGAAGAAGCUCUAUACAGCCAACAAAAACAAGACCUGGAGCUGACUGUGGCUCAGAUCAUCAGCUUCUUAUAGCAAAAUUCAAACUUACAGCAAAGUAAAAUUCUUAUAGCAAAAUUCAAGUUUAAAGUAAAGUAAAAUUCAAGCUUGAAGAAAGUAGGGGAAACCACUGGGCCAGUAAGAUGCAAUCUAAAUCAAAUCCCUUAUGAAUACACAGUGGAAGUGAGGUACAGUUUUAAAGAUUUAGAUUUGGUGGACAGAGUGCCUGAAGAACUAUGGAUGGAGGCUCGUAACAUUAUGCAGGAGGCAGCAACAAAAACCAUCCCAAUGAAAAGGAAAUGCAAGAAAGCAAAGUGGCUGUCCAACGAGGACUUACAAAUAGUGGGGGAGAGAAGGCAAGCAAAAUGAGAGGGAGAUAGUGAAAGAUACAGGAAAUUGAAUGCAGAUUUCCAAAGAACAGCAAGGAGAGAAAAGAGGGCCUUCUUAAACGAGCAAUGCAAAGAAAUAGAGGAAAACAAUAGAAUGGGGAAAACCAGAGAUCUGUUCAAGAAAAUUGGAGAUAUGAAAGGAACAUUUCAUGCAAAGAUUACCAUAAUAAAGGACAAACGUGGUAAGGACCUAACAGAAGCAGAAGACAUCAAGAAGAGGUGGCAAGAAUACACAACACAGAGGAAUUAUACCAUAAAGAUAUGGAUGUCUCGUACACCCCAGGCAGUGUGGUUGCUGACCUUGAGCCAGACAUCCUGGAGAGUAAAGUCAAAUGGGCCUUAGAAAGCAUUGCUAAUAACAAGGCCAGUGGAAGUGAUGAUAUUCCAGCUGAACUAUUUAAAAUUUUAAAAGAUGAUGCUGUUAAGGUAAUACACUCAAUAUGCCAGCAAGUUUGGAAAACUCAGCAGUGGUCAGAGGAUUGGAGAAGAUCAGUGUACAUCCCAAUCCCAAAAAAGGGCAGUGCCAACUACUGCACAAUUGCACUCAUUUCAUACGCCAGCAAAGUUAUGCUUAAAAUUCUACAAAGCAGGCUUAAGCAGUAUGUGGACCAAGAACUUCCAGAAGUGCAAGCUGGAUUUCAAAGGGGCAGAGGAACCAGAGACCAAAUUGCAAACAUGCACUGGAUUAUGGAGAAAGCUAGAGAGUUCCAGAAAAACAUCUACUUCUGCUUCAUUGACUACGCAAAAGCCUUUGACUGUCGACCACAGCAAACUAUGGCAAGUUCUUAAAGAAAUGGGAGUGCCUGAUCACCUCAUUUGUCUCCUGAGAAAUCUCUAUGUGGGACAAGAAGCUACUGUUAAAACUGGAUAUGGAAAAACUGAUUGGUUCAAAAUUGGGAAAGGCGUACGACAAGGUUGUAUACUGUCUCCCUGCUUAUUAAACUUAUAUGCAGAAUACAUUAUGCGAAAGGCUGGACUGGAUGAAUCCCAAACCGGAAUAAAGAUUGCCGGAAGAAAUAUCAACAACCUCAGAUAUGCAGAUGACAUAACUUUGAUGGCAGAAAGUGAGGAGGAAUGAAAGAACCUUUUAAUGAGGGUGAAAGAGGAGAGCGCAAAAUAUGGCCUGAAGCUCAACAUCAAAAAACUAAGAUCAUGGCCACUGGUCGCAUCACCUCCUGGCAAACAGGAGGGGAAGAAAUGGAGGCAGUGAGAGAUUUUACUUUCUUGGGCUCCAUGAUCACUGCAGAUGGUGACAGCAGUCACGAAAUUAAAAGAUUCCUGCUUCUUGGGAGAAAAGCGAUGACAAACCUAGACAGCAUCUUAAAAAGCAGACAUCACCUUGCCAGCAAAGGUCCGUAUAGUUGAAGCUAUGGUUUUCCCAAUAGUGAUUUAUGGAAGUGAGAGCUGGACCAUAAAGAAGGCUGAUUGCCGAAUAAUUGAUGCUUUUGAAUGAUGGUGCUGGAGGAGACUCUUGAGAGUCCCAUGGACUGCAAGAUGAUCAAACCUAUCCAUUCUUAAGGAAAUCAGCCCUGAGUGCUCACUGGAAGGACAGAUCGUGAAGCUGAGGCUCCAAUACUUCGGCCACCUCAUGAGAAGAGAAGGCUCCCUGGAAAAGACCCUGAUGUUGGGAAAGAUUGAGGGCACAAGGAGAAGGGGACGACAGAGGACGAGAUGGUUGGAUAGUGUUCUCGAAGCUACCAACAUGAGUUUGACCAAACUGCGGGAAGCACUGGAAGACAGGAGUGCCGGGCGUGCUCAGGUCCAUGGGGUCACGAAGAGUCGGACACGACUAAAUGACUAAACAACAAAAAGGUUUGGAUCUAUUAUUAUUAUUAUUUGAAUUUAUAUAUUGCCCUGUACCUGGAGGUCACAGAACAAAAUCAAAUAUGAAACCAGAAAAUAUAUGAUCAAAAUAAAAACACAAUCCAAUAAACCACCCCCCUAGCACUUCAUAUAUGCAGAUUAUAUGCUUUCUAAUAAGCUAUCUACCUCCUUCCUCUGGAAAGAGCUAAUCCUGUGAGUAAUAACACACACACACACACACACACACAGAGAGAGAGAGAGAGAGAGAGAGAGAGAGACAAAUACACUACAAUGUUUAACUAUUCUAAUUCAUUAGAUUUAUUGAUUUAAAAUGGGUUAAAAGGCAGAUUUUUAAAAAUAAAGUAAUAUUAACAGAAGUGCUUAUAAAAGCUUCAACUGGCAGCCACCAUCUUAAAAAGGGUACCUCCAUUUUCUCUCUCAUACAUACAGGAAAGACUAGAAUAUCUCUUCUAAGAAAAUGCCUGUGAUGAUACCUUCUCAUUUAAAAACAAAGGAAGUAUACUUCUUACUUCAGAAACAGAUGCAAAUUCAACCACAAUAUCUAUCAAUCAACUCUACCUCACAUGAUUCACAUUUUUUAAAAUUGAGCUGUAGCCUUAGCUGUGAAUUAUUUUUAACUUGUAAUCCUUACAACAAUCUUGUCAGAUAGAUCAGCAUUAUCCCUAUAUUACUGAUGGGUGACUGAAGUUGCGUUGCUUUUUGGAAGUUCCACUGAAUCAGAUCUUAUCAGACGGACGGAAAAUCUGAAGAGAUAUUUUGCUUAAACGAGCUUCAAUUUAGCAGGUAAGAUUUGAUCUUCCCAAGGCUCAGCCACGGAACAACAAGAAAAGCUCUGGGAGCUCUUGGGGAAUUAAUAGGAACGUGAUAUGAUCAAAAUAUGGGUCAGGCGAAAGUGUGGAUGAGCACUUAGUGACUUUAUGAGCUGUAACGAAAGAUGGCCACAGCUAUUGGACCAAUGAAAGCAGAACUAUAAAGUUACCAGCAGUAGUCUAUAUAUAUCUCCACAGUAGGUGGAUCGGUUCAGCGUGGCACACAGCCUACCUUGUGUACUCCUCAUGGUUAUGAGAGGAACCACAUUACACACAAAGGUAAUGAAAUGAAGGCCAAAUGUUGACACCAAACCCUCCUGAUCCAGGGAUUAGAAGGGGGCUCAGGCAUACAGCCUUCCCUCCAAAAAACCUCAUACUUAAUAUUAUAUGUAUGAGAAGGCAGAAGUCGUCUCGUCUGAAAGCAACGCAGAGUGGAGAAUAGUCCAUUGGGGCGCUGCCCAACAAACCCCAGGCAGCUUUGUCUAGUCUGCUUUCUUACUUGCACCUAGUCCAAGGGGUAGCAUUCCUUCUCCUUAGUCUUACAGUUCCCCUUGCAGAUCUCAGCAUGGAGUAGGUUGAGGACAAAACUAAAACUAGUUGGCUGUGCCUUACAUUGGCUCUAGCUCCAGUGACUAUUGCUUAUUCCCUGCUUUCUACCCCAUGGGCAUUAGACACCCCUGGGAAUUCAACACCCCUCAAUUCUGGGUCCUUGUUUUCUCUUCUUGGGAGAGAUCCUGUCUGAACAAUAACUGAACAUUUCAGGGUAGGAAACACGGAGCUGCAAUAAAAGCAUUUAAGAUCAAUAUUUUAGGAAUAAGCAGCAUGCAACAAAAUGCUUCAUUACUAUAUGCCCCGUAUCAACCAUUGUUAUUUUAUUUGCUUAACAAAUUUCUGUUCAGCUCUUUGGGUAGAAAAGAAAUCUUGAGGAGUGGCUAGCAAAAUUAAAAACAUAAAAUAAUAUAAAAUCGCAGUAGCAAAGAUGAAAACCUAAGUCCUAGAUUAAACUGUAUAAAUCUCAACAUCUUAAAAAUCCCGGGCAAAUGAACUAUGCGCCGCAAUGAGUAAUGCAAUGCACUGUUUGGGGAUUGUGUUCAGUAAGGAAGGAGAGGGAAGAAAGUAAGUUACUUACUGUGAGCAGGAAAUGUUAAGGUAAGGGGGAGUGGGGAGUUGAAGGGAGCCUAGGAAGGUGGGUAGGAAAUUUAUACAGUUGAUCCUUGAAAGAGGGAGAGGAAGAGGGUGGGCAUUAGAGGGGAGCAGGGCUGGCCCAUGCAUGAGGUAAGUUGAGAUGACUGCCUCAGGUGGCAGGAUCCACAGAGGCAACAAAUCCCAAUGUCAAUUUUUCUUCCACCUUCGUUCUGGAUGCAGAUCUUCCCUCACCCCUUCUUUUGCAGUAGGGAGGGGAGUGCCAUUUUGGGGUCUGCUUCAGAUGCCAAAAUGUCUUGGGCCGGCCCUGGAGGGAGUAGCUGAUUGGGCGUGAAUUUGGAAGACACCUCUGUUCAUUCCUAGAUCAUCCACAGCUGAUAAGUAACAGAUCGUUGUUCUUUUGUCAAGACUUGAAGCUCACAUCGCUCUCUAAGCCUUAACCAAAUCAUGGUGAUCUAUUCAUUCAUAGUAAUCAGGCAGCAAACCACAAUGUUGUUUUUAACAACCUCUGGGAAAACCCGAUUGCAAAGUUCUAUGCAGAACAUGACGGAAUUAACCUGGUCCAAAUGUCCCAACAAUCCACUGCCCCAUGAAGGGAAAAAUAAACCCAGCCCAGAAUGCCAAGUUCUGAGCAUUCCAAAACCACCAAGCUGACUGUAGAGGACUAAAUGGGGUGGGGGGACAAUAUUCUCCCGAAUUCCCCACACAUCCAUCAGCCUGUUCUAGAUAAUAAACUGUAAAUCAGAAAAGACCCAGAGCAUCCAGUAUAUUGAUAUACUGCAUAGGACUAUAUGGGAAUGGUGUGGGAUGCCAAGAAAUCUCUGGAGAACCAACCUUUCACAGACUGUCCAGGGGCAGUAAAUUGUGGAUUUGAAGAGAGAAGCUAGCUUGAACAUCUUGGUCCAAAGUUACAGCCCAUGGGGGAUGCCAUUUCCACUUUGUAUUAGGAGGGGACAAUUAGUCAACACAAUGUUACAAUGAGAUGUUUACAGCACUAUAUAUGAAUUCAUCAGGCCUAUACUCAAAGUAAAGCAAUGGUGAAAAAUGAUAUUUGGCCCCAACUAAGCCAGAGUAGGGACGCGGGUGGCGCUGUGGUCUAAACCACUGAGCCUAGGGCUUGCUGAUCAGAAGGUUGGCGGUUCAAAUUCCUGCGACGGGGUGAGCUCCCGUUGCUCUGUCCCUGCUCCUGCCAACCUAGCAGUUCGAAAGCACAUCAAAGUGCAAGUAGAUAAAUAGGUACCACUUCGGCUGGAAGGUAAAUGGCAUUUUCAUGUGCUGCUCUGGUUUCGCCAGAAGCGGCUUAGUCAUGCUGGCCACAUGACCCGGAAAAACUGUCUGUGGACAAAUGUCGGCUCCCUCGGCCAGUAAAGCGAGAUGAGUGCCGCAACCCCAGAGUCGUCUGUGACUGGACUUAACUGUCAGGGGUCCUUUACCUUUACCUUUAAGCCAGAGUUAAUCAUGAGUACGGGUGUCACUGAAACAUGUAUUUCCUAGUGAAGUCACCGAAGAAAAGUACCUCAGAAAUAUGAACCUUGGAAGCUUGUAAUGCAGCCUCAGAUAUGAUCCAAGCAUGAUGACCUCAUAAUUUAACCGUUGCCAACCUGGUGCCCUCAAGAUCAUCCCCAGCCAGUACACCAUCCUGGGGCUGAUGGGAGUUGUAGUCGAAAACACCUGGAGGGUACCAGGUUGAUGUAAGCUGUCAUCAUUAUUUUACGGGCUGGAUUUCCUGUGAGCUGGAGAAACAUUCUGUCUUCUGCCACACAUAUGCAAUACACAACCUCCUUUAUCUAUUCAACCCCAAGCUCUUUCUUCCAACUCAGGAUGUCCCUGCCUCCCUCUUACACACCUGACCACUGCUGCCAUUCAAGCAGCAAGCAGGAAGGAAAGAAGGCUGGGAAGUGCCUGGUGCUUUUGUCAUGUGACCCGCCAGUGAGCAGCCCUGGGGAAUGUAAUUGUGAUAAGGGCUAUUGACACCCACACCCAGCUUGGCUCACCCCAAGGAGGAUAGGUUUGUUCCAUCUCUAGAUAUGUAAGGCCCUAUCAACACUAUAUAUUUAAAGCAUUGUCAUACAACUUGUAAGCUGCCAUAGAAUACUACCCAAAGAAUCCUGAGAACUGCAGUUUGUCAAGAAUUGUUAGGAGACCCCUAUUGCCUUCAGAGAGCUACAAUUUCCAGUUGUUUAACAAUCAAUCCUUCCUCCCAGGGAACUUUAGGAAUUGUGGCUCUGUGAGGGUUUCCCAACAGUACUCAGCAUCCAUAACAAACUACAGCCCUCAGUGUUCUUUGGGUAGCGCUAUGACUGAUUAAAGUGGUAUGAUCCUGCUUUAAAUGUAUAAUGCAGAUGGGGCCUAAGACCCAAUAAAACCACUAGAAUGUGUUUGACUCAACCCCUCUUUAUACAUUGGUACUUAUCUGCUCUUUAUACUUUACUGCAUGCAUGCCGCCCCCCAUGGCUUCAGCAAAUAAAAAAAGAAAAUAUAUAUAUUCCAAUUAAUCUUUCCCAGUUUCCAAGCCUCUCUCACACCAGCUACUCUGGACGUAACAAUAUGCAAACUAGAUCUUUCCUACUGUAUAUCUUAAUUGGCUUCAUUUUACAUAAUUUAGCAGGCAUUAAAACAAAUCUGGUGUAUAAUGAUGCAGCCAGAGCAGGUGCGGUUUGUUUAUUUAUUUUAUUUUUUAAGAGAAGCAGCCAGAUGCUGUUUUGAGAUCUGUAUUUUGCUCUGUGUUUUGGGUAUUGAUAUGGUUCAAAGUGAAAACCUCAGCAUCUGGUCCCCCUAAUAUAAGGGGUGGGUAACCGUUUUCAGGCCAAGAGACACACAUUGACCCAUGGUCAACCCUCUGGGGAAUUGCAUCUCAAAAUUGGUGUGGCCAAAUGACCUCCAUAAUCCCAGAGAGACUUGUUAUUAAUAUAACAUACCUGAAUAGUUUCUUUUUCCUGUUUCUUUUUUGGGGGGGAGAGCGUCUGGGUGGUGGAUGACAUUGAGGCAGUAUAAAAAUGAUGAAAACAAAUAAAUAAAACAAAUAAUAGGGCAGGAUUUGGACCUGGAAAGUUUCAGUUUAAAUUUUUAAUCAGCAGACCCUCCCAGUGUCCUUGUUUUCCAGGGACAGACUUGAAUUUACAGCAGAUGUCCCUGUUUCUUAUUUGAUCCUGGAAUGUACUCCUUUUCUUUAAGACGUCCUUAUUUUCAGUGGAGAAAUGGUGGAGGGUAUGGAGUUAUGCAACCCCUCAAACCAGGGAGAUAAGUGACUAUACAACUUUUAGAAGACAUCUGAAGGCAGCCCAGUAUAGGGAAGUUUUUUUAAAAUGUUCUCAUUAGGCUACUAUGCUGUGCAUAAUAUAGGAUAACCAUUCCCCUUGCCCUGAUCCAUAGGAAUUGGUGGAAAUGUAUUCUAUAAUGUUCUUAGGAAGCUGCUAGUGGUGUGUCAUUGAUCAGAGCUACACACACGUCUACUCAGUAGCAAGUCCUGCUGAGUUCAAUAGGUAAGUGUGCAUAGGAUUACAGCUCAAGUGAUUUUAAGGAGUUGUUGAUUUAUGAUUACGUUUAUAACCUGCCUUUUUGUAUUCUGAUGUGUUUUUGGCUCUUAUUGAAAACCUUCCUUUUCCAACAGGCCUUUUAAGCUGAGGUUUUCCUCGGUCUUCAUCUGUAUUAGAAAUGCUUUUCAUACGGUUUUAUUGUUUUCUCACUUUGUUUGCCACCAUGGGCUCUGUUGGGAGGGAGGGAGGAAUAUAAAUUUAAUGAAUAACUAAAGAAAUAAAUGAGAGAGAGUCAUUCUGCUAUGGACAUCUUUUGCAGCAAGGAACCUCUUUUGCAAGAAAACUGUCAAACUUUCCUGCAGGCUGCAGGAUUGUUUAUUCCUGGUUAGUAUUUACUACUACACCAUGUUGUAGCUCAUGUUUCAGUUUAAUUUUCAAGAGCCCUGCCAAAGAUGCUGAGGGCAAAACAAGUCCCCAGCCCACCUGCUGCUACAUGCAUCUCUUAUUACUGAAGUUUGCUGUGCUAUUUUUAUCGUACUUUGCAGCUUGGCCAAACGGUGGUAGGUGGCUGUAGGUGGCUCCUUUUCGGUCUGUGGCUUGAUGGCUUAAACAACUAAGAUGUGGAAGAUGAUGGGAUUUGGCUGGUUUUCAUAGUUGCUUUUUAAGAUCUUGUACGAGGACAAAAAAAAAGCAGCAUCUAUUUGCUUGGGCAUCAUUAAUGCCUUACAGAAAAUUCAAGGGGCAGCAGGAGAGGGAGAGAAAUGGAAGAACACUUCAGGUUAACUCGAUUCAAACUUUUUCAGAAUCAGGAUCCAGAGAAAAUAAUAAUAAUAAUAAUAAUAAUAAUACCAAAAACAUCCCUUUGUCGAUUUGUAACUGCAGUCACAAAGCUAUGCUGCCUCUAUGCAGAUACAUCCUGCAUUGGGGGACACGUCUUAUUCAAAUGCUUGAUUUUCAUACCAGUAUGUAACAAUGCUGAUCUUUAAAUAAUGACAUUUGAGAUUUGGAUUUCAAGAUUUGAUAGUAAAAUAUGAGGUUGUGAAGGAUCAUUCAGCUUUGGGUUGGAUUUAAACUUUUGUUAUUUGUGUUAAUUUUCAUUGACAUGAGUUUAAAUUGCCCCCUCCAUUUGGGCUGGCAUUAAAAAGACUUAGGUGUGAACCAAAUGUCCCAAAUGAGAGGCUUUCUCUCUCACGCUAUUUUGAGUAUCAUGUGCUGCUUUUGAAAUGUGGUAACAUUUCAAGAAACAUUUGUAAGUGGAAAGCCUGUUUCUAUGCAAGAAUCCUGCUCUUUGAAAGGCCCCUAAAUUGUUUAACCACAGUAUCUCCUCUCUCAGUUGGAACUCAAUUUCAAACCCGUUUAUUAACUAUCUAAUUGCUAGUGAGCAAAAUACAUAUGCAUGGUAAUGGCUGUUUGCACUCUUAAGACUACAAAAACCAUGAAGCAGCAUGACUGUGUACAAAUACACUUGCAGGGAAAUUCUAAGACCUCAGUGGCAUUAGAAGUACUGAAAGGUUAUUCUGAGAACAAACAGCCUACUUUACAAGCCAACAGUACUACUUUAAGUGUGACUUGUGGUUAAGCCAUAAAAAAUAUGGCUUUGAGUAGGAAUCAUUGGUAUAAAAUCAACAAAGCUAAAAUUAGGUUCCUGAAUACUGGGCAUGAGGAUUGUGGCUGAUCCUACACAUAUUGACAGACUGCCAGGUUAGCAGUGCUGCUGGUAUCAAAUUGCAGCUGGGUCAUUCCUGCUUCUGCCCUGUAAACACUUAACAGCUGAAGUGGCAAGAGGGCUGGGAAAGACGUAGCAGCUACAGGCACCCCCAAACUCGGCCCUCCAGAUGUUUUGGGACUACAACUCCCAUCAUCCCUAGCUAACAGGACCAGUGGUCAGGAAUGAUGGGAAUUGUAGUCCCAAAACAUCUGGAGGGCCGAGUUUGAGGAUGCCUGAUAUAGUAUAUCUGUGUACCACAGACUUAAAUUUGUUUAACAAUAAUUUCAUCUCCCUAGGAAAUCUGAGGAACUAUAAUUCUGAGAGGGUAGGAAUAUCUGAUAAGGAAUUCUUCAGCACUCUUGCAAAACUACAGUUCCCAAUUGGGGGGGGGGGGGGUUUAAUCCCAAGCAGCUAAACUUGUAUAAUACCAAUAUAUGCUUGUAAUGCAGACCUGCCACUAGGUAACAUCUUCUUUUUUUUUGCUGUGCUGGUUAACAAUUUUUGUGUGGGAUUUCUUUUCUCCUUUUCUGAUCCUGCCCUUCUGCUUGACAAUAGAACUUUAGAAGAACUGCAAAAGAAGUUUAUGCCUGAAUCAGCUUUCCCCUGAGAAAACCUGGAAGAAGGGAAGAGACAUUUCUGAAUCUAGGUAGACAGCACUAAAAUUGCUGGUCUGCAUGGACUCUAAUUGCUCAUCUGCAGCUUUGUUGGUAUGUAUGAGAUAAAACAACAAAAAUCAUAUGCAUUUCUAUAGCAAUUUGCUGAUUGCUCAAAGUGUUUUGCCAACACUUUCCCAGGAAUCAUUAAAUGACUCUGUGGGCCAAUAAUAUCAAACUGCCUACUUGGAAUAGGGACAUAGGCUUGGCUAAUCCCCCAUUUGUGAGUUCAGUGUAAGCUGAGAUUUGAACUCUUAAACUUGGAUGUGUCUGCAGAGAUGCCCAUGGAGGGGCGAUUGCCUUAGCAAGGAGAGGUUGGUAGCUCUCCGUUCCUCAGGCAGGCCCCAAAAGGUAAACCUAGUCAAAAUCAGCACCUUGGAGAGAGCUCAAGGUGAGAAUGCUCAGGAUCACAGAGAUUGCUACAGAUAGACAUCCAACUUUUCUCAGUGAGAUCCUGAAGCAACUGGCUGAGUUUUAGAGCAAGGCUAGGUAGCCAUUGCCUGGAAGCUGCUGGUUCAAGUGUCAUGGCCUUCUGUAGUUGUUGGAUCCUUCAAGGUUUCCAGCUGUGAUGAUCUCUCCUCUGGGUUCUCUUGAUCUCCCUAAGAUUCUGUGGUCAAGCCACCAAAAUCUGACAGCAGAAGCAUCUUUUUGGAGCUCAAGAUUCUGGGAUCCAUGGCCUCACAUGGGAUGGACCAGGGAGUGGGUCUGUUUCUUCUUCAGAGCUGAAGUUGAUGGAGGAGUGCUGAUCUAGGGCUAUCAUUGGAUCUUAAGUUCCUCCUGCAUUCGUUGGAGCCCCCCCUUCCAUAUACAAAGCACCCAGAGCCCCAGGAGCAGAUGAGGGGCUGUGGAGUAUUGUAGAGUGAAGGAUGUGCUGAGAAAGUCCCAUUUUGUGAAUGUGGAGGAAAGCCACACUAUGCUACCUCUCUGCCACGGAACUGUGAUUAUCUGUUUAGGGAACUCUUGCCAGCAACUUCAGGCUCCAGCUGGCUGAAAAACAGCUGUUUCAUCAACAGAAUGACAAGCCAUUUCUUCUAAAUCAGCAGCCAAGGCUAGAGGAUGAGAAAUUUAAUUGAAAAUUUCUUUCACAUACAACAAUCAAUAGUUCCACAUUGUGAAAGCUGUUGCAGAGAUAAAUCAUCCUCUGCUUCAUCUUUUAUUACAGUCACGGUGUAGUCAAUUAAAUAUUUUUUAAAAAAUAAAUAAAACAAAAAGCUUUGCAGCUUAUCAUAGUGUUGGCUCAGUACUUGUCCCACACUAGACGGCAGGAACUGAGAAAGUAAAUAGAGUGGAUAUGGCUAUUGCUUUUUACAGGCCCCAGUACAAUAUCUGCUGUGAACAUUGGCCUUUUUACAGGCCCCAGUACAAUAUCUGCUGUGAACAUUAGUAUCACCACCUGCAGAGCUAAUGACCUGGAAAGACAGGGGAGCAUUGCGGGAUGUAGUUGUGGCUGUAUAGGUACAGAAUGGGGAGAUGCACGCUCGACAUGAAUAAACCACCCCUCAAAACUCCCACCUGGAUGCACCCAAACAGGCAAAGUGGUACUCUUUACUGCUGCUGAAUUUUGUCAAAAACCCAGUUGUAAGUGAUUUGCUUCCAAAGAUUGAAGUGGCUCUGAAUAAUAUCAAAGAGGCUGACAAUUCAGUAAUGCAGAUGCAGGCGAAAAGGCAGCGGGAAAUCUGGCAUUUGCUGAAAAUUGCUUGCACCCAAAGUUCUGCCAAAUCUCCUGUUAGUUCCAACGUGGAUGGCACAAUUACAUCCUCGGUGCCUGCAUUGCUCUCGCAGACAUCACCAGGAUGUGCGCUUCAACCUCUUUCUUCUAUGGAAACAUCUAGGAAUGUGCCACCAUUUGCACAUUUGAUAGAAGAAAAUCUAAGCUACCUUGACAAUUUUAGCACUAUUAUACAAGAAGCAAAACGUGACCAGAGUAACAGCAUGAUGAGUCUCGAUUUGAAUUGGCUAAAUUAGCUGAGUGUGUGAACAGAACUUGGAGAAUUUGCAGGUGUGCUCUGUGCGCAUCUGUCCCGUCCUGGAUUUAUGAUCACCUCCUAAAUGCAACUGCCACUGCCUGAGAACCUUGCAGUUGAGGAUGGCAUUUUCAUACCUGCUAAAUCGUUCUUCUAAAUCCAGGUUUGAGUGGCUCCAACCCUCUAGUAGAGUCCUGCAGCUGCUGUAGUCAGUCAGCGGCCUUACACCCUUUUGCAACAGACAUCAAGGUCUGCUGAUUAUCUUCAGAAUUCCUCUUCCUCUUUAAUUAAUUGAGACCUUGUCAGACGUUGCCGUGCUAUAUUUGUCCAUUCCUGCUGGGAUUUCUCGGAAAGUUGGCUGCCCCUGCUUUUCACACUAAGAUGUAUAGUCCUGAUGGAGUCAUGGGGGCAUAUAGUGCAAUGUAAUGAACUGUACAAAUAAAUGAUAUAAAUUGCCCUACAUGUAGUUACUGAAGUCUACUAAGGCAGGAACUAGAGAGAAGACAUGGAAAAGUCUGUAAAUAGUUUGUAACAUGGUUCAUGAAUUGGUUCCCCCUUUUCUCUCUGGUUCCUUAAAAAAUGAUUGAUAUUCUUUCAGCAUGGGUGGGGAAUCUAUUGCCCUUCAGAUGUACUUCCAACCCCAUCAGUCCUAGCCAAUUGUUUGAGAAGAUGGGAGUUGUAGUCCAACAUCGUAUGUGAAGGGCCACAUGUCCACCAUCCCUGUAACAUGGAAUAUUUUGAUUAUAUAUAAUCUAUUUUUAAAUAUGUUGCUUUUUGUAUUACCUGACUUCAACCUAACUAGGGUGGGUUACAAAUGUAAAAAUAAAUAAAUGAAUAAAAUGAUCCUAAUCAGCAAAAAAAAACCAGUGCUACUGGAUAAUAGUUUCUCAAAAAACAACCACCACCACCCAGGAUGUGGAGCAACUGAGUACAAAUGCACAUGCACAGAAAAUCAGAGAGCUCAAGGAAUGGGGAAAACUGUUUUCAUUGUGAAAGGGGAAGUGGCUCCAUUUCCUUUGUUACUCUACGGUUGCCCUGGCUGAUGGGAGUUGUAGUCCAAAACAACUGGAGGGCAUCGGAUUGCUGAGAACUGCCUUGUAGUAACUUGAUACAACCAGCUCAGUAUUUUUUAACUAACUGGCAGCAAUCCUCAAGGGGUUCAGGAUGGGAUUUCAGGCAACUCUACCUGCAGAUGCCAAGCAUUGAAUCUGGGGCAUGCAAAGCAUGUACUCUACUACUGAGCUAUGGUCCAUACGUUGCAUCUCUCCUCCAUGGUCUGGGAUUUGUAUUUUCACAGUUCUGCUGCAGAUCAUUAUUCUGAGUCUCCAGUUCAGGGAAUUUUCCUUUUCUCCCACGCCCACUUCCUCCCCUGCAUUCUGCACAGUCUGAGGAGCACAGGUGAAUUUAAAUCUUUCACAAUGUUCAGAUCCUUAAUGCUGCCUAUAACUCUUUGCUGCAAUCCAUCAGAUAUGCUGUUUGUAUAUAUUCUAGAAUAAUUAAUGCAGCUUCAAAAGUGCAGAGAAACAGCCAAUUUGCACAUCAGACCAGGAUAGGCAAAGGCGGAAUGCAUUUGCAUAAUGGCCACCACUUGGCUAGAUUUAAUGUUGGCUCUGAAUACCAACAGCCUAUUAAUAAUCCUAUUCCUGAAGCUGCUGCUGAAAACCGAAUGGGUCUGGAGUCUCAUCUGAACAUAAUUAAAGACCCUUGGAGAAAAAUAUUAGAGCAUACCAGCAAACCCUUCCUUUUCUGAGCACUUCCCACUUAGAAUAUGUGAAUAUUUUUGGGAAACAUCAGUGACGGGUGAAGCUCUUUGGCUUGAUUUGAAAUCAGCUUGGUAAUUUUGAGGUUUGUUGGUCAGCAUUUUGUGUGUGUGUGUGUAUGUCGGGGGGGGGGGGCUUCCGUUUUCCCUUCUGAGAGUUCUAUGCUGGCAUGUAGUAUCAGUAUUCUAGAAUCAUAGAAUUGUAUAGCUGGAAGGAACCACGAGGGCCAUCUUGUCCAACUUCCUGAAAUGCAGGAAUCUUCUGAGCACAAUUUAAAGUGUUGGUGUUGACCUUUAAAGCCCUAAACGGCCUUGGCCCAGUAUACCUGAAGGAGCGUCUCCACCCCCAUCAUUCUGCCCAGACACUGAGGUCCAGUUCCGAGGGCCCUCUGGCAGUUCCCUCGCUGCGAGAAGCAAAGCUACAGGGAACCAGGCAGAGGGCCUUCUCGGUAGUGGCACCCGCCCUGUGGAACGCCCUCCCAUCAGAUGUCAAAGAGAUAAACAACUACCUGACAUUUAGAAGACAUCUGAAGGCAGCCCUGUUCAGGGAAGUUUUUAAUGUGUGACAUUUUGAUGUAUUUUUAAUCUUUGUUGGAAGCCGCCCAGAGUGGCUGGGGAAACCCAGCCAGAAGGGCGGGGUACAAAUAAUAAAUUAUUAUGAUGAUGAUGAUGAUGAUGAUGAUGAUGAUGCCCCGUGUGGGGCUUGAACCUACAAUCCUAAGAUCAAGAGUCUCAUGCUCUACCAACUGAGCUAUCCCAUCAAUACUGACCGAAGUCGGUCCCAAAGGAGCAUUCAGUUUAUGCUCUAGUAGUAGACCAGAGUGAGAAGGUUCUCUCUCAGGUCCACUCCCAGUUCCUGCACCCCUGACAAAGUCAGCUGGCUAAUCCAGUUAGCUCCUGGGAAGGGCCCUGUGUUGCAGCACAACCAGCCACCCUCCGGGUUAGAGAAAGAUCCCAGAGCCCCAUGGGGCAUGCGGAAUCUUAUCCAGCUCUUGCUCUGAAAGAUAUCUCUAAAUCCCUCAUCUGGUUGUUUCAGCUUGAUUUCUUGUGGAGGAAGUCUAGACAAAUCAUGCCUUUAGAGAAAUGAAGGGGAGACACACGUCUUUUUGAGAAUGAACGUAUAUAUUUUUUUCCAGCAGCAGACAAGCUCCUUCCAUUUUCACACGAGAAGUCAGAUCUAUCAUUUCCUUUAAGUGCUCUCUCUUUCACUGCAGCACAAUGGUGUAUAAUUUCUAAUGAUGGGCAUGAAUAAAAGUAUGAAAUGAAAACUCUGCGAUGCCCCGGAAGAACUCCUUGAAGACCAAUUUAAGCAUUUUAGAUGGACACUUUCAGAAGGCAUUGUCCCUGAUGAAAAAGGGGAAAUACCCCAAAAUCAGCCGGAGAUAGCUAAUAAACUAAAAGCUGUAGCGCUCGUGUGCAGAGCCCAGACAGUUCACAGACAGCAACCAGCUUCAACAAAGGUUGAAAGCGAAUGGAAACUUUUCAAGCUUGAGCACCCGACUCCAACUACUCAUCCAGGUUCUAUCCUCUUGUAAAAAAUGGUGAAGAUACUGUUUAAAUUGUAAUGGGUUGUAUUCAACUAUAUCCUACUCGGAGUAGACCCAUUGAAGUGAAUGUGUUGAAUAGUGGGAAAGAUGGACGAAGGACACAGCUCUGUUGGAUUCACAGCUCUUUAUUGCAGCAGUUAGAACUGCUCCUGGAAUCAGACUGACUGCAACCUGGCUGGCUGCUUUAUAGAAUACUAAGUAACUUGAAACAGUAACAACUCACAACUAGCUAACCAAUCAGGAGCAACAGUUUUCAAUCCUUCAUUUACAUACUGGUGGCCCUGAGUGAGAACUGCCACUAAUCUUAAUACAUAACAGAAUGAACCUAAGUUGGUAAUAUCUAUUAACUUCAAUGGGUCUACUCUGAGCAGGUGUGGUGUUGUUUACCACCCUGUGUUUUUAACAAUGUACAUGAGAUGCCUUGGAAGGGCUUGCCCUAAGUGAAAUCAUUGACAUACUGGAAAUGAGUAAUAUUUGGGGGCAGGAUUAGCAAUUACUUUAAAUACGUUAUAGAGAUUGCCCCCCUGCAUAAUGGUAGGGGGUUGCCUCUUUCAGGUAGUUCAUAUUUCCAGGUAGCAUGCAAGUGAGUCAAAGACCAGCUUUAGACCGUUUGCUUAUUAUCACACAAUGGUUACAGCUUAUUUACAAAGACAGGAGAGGUCUGCUGGAGAAUAAGACAGUAGCUUCCCUGUGAGUCAGCCCCAUUUAAUUCAAUGGCACUCAUUUCUGAGUCAACGGUGAUAGGAAUGCCCUGUAAAUGUUCUUUCUGAGGUUGACGAAUGAAUGCUGGAGGCCAGGUCUCCAUGCGUUAAGCAUGGAGCUUAAGUUCAUUUUUUUAAAAAAGAUAUUUAUUAAGGUUUUCAAAAUAUUACAAAAGAAAAAAAAAGGAAAAAGAAAAAUACAAAAUAAAAAUAGUUAAAAACAAUUCAGUCUUUCAAUCACUUAUCUUUCAUUUGCUUAUUUCCCGGACCUCCUCACGCCUCCCUUUUCUGUAUUCCAAUUCAGUUUGUUAGUUCAGCAAAUCCCUCCCCUCUUUGUUUAUCCUAAUCUUCAAUCUUAAAGUAUUGUAACAUUAGAUUUUUACCUAUUAAUAGUCCAUUUUUUCAUAUUCCCUUAUAACAUUACAGCUAGAAACCACUUAGUUUCUAUCCAACAUCAUUCUAACAUUCAUUAAUUUUACAAUAUUUCUGUAAAUAGUCUUUAAACUUUUUCCAAUCUUCUUCCACCGACUCUUCUCCCUGGUCUCGGAUUCUGCCAGUCAUUUCUGCCAGUUCCAUAUAGUCCAUCACCUUCAUCUGCCAUUCUUCCAAGGUGGGUAGAUCUUGUGUCUUCCAAUACUUUGCAAUAAGUAUUCUUGCUGCUGUUGUGGCAUACAUAAAGAAAGUCCUAUCCUUCUUUAGCACCAAUUGGCCGACUAUGCCCAACAGGAAGGCCUCUGGUUUCUUUAGAAAGGUAUAUUUAAAUACCUUUUUCAUUUCAUUAUAGAUCAUCUCCCAGAAAGCCUUAAUCUUUGGGCACGUCCACCAAAGGUGAAAGAAUGUACCUUCGUUUUCCUUACAUUUCCAACAUUUAUUAUCGGGCAAAUGAUAGAUUUUUGCAAGCUUGACUGGUGUCAUGUACCACCUGUAUAUCAUUUUCAUAAUAUUCUCUCUUAGGGCAUUACAUGCCGUAAAUUUCAUACCUGUAGUCCACAACUGUUCCCAGUCAGCAAACAUAAUGUUAUGUCCAACAUAAGCAUGGAGCUUAAGUUCAAUGGAGGCUUGAACAUUUUUAUUUUGCCUGACUGAAAAAAUAAAAUAAAAUUCAAAACCAAAGGGGGAGAAUCAACUAAUGUGGAGAAGCCAGUGUGCGCUAUAAAACAGGAUUAUCGGUUUGCAACAGAUGUCACCGAGAUAGCGGAACAUAUCCCUGAAGCAGAUGCCUUAUUAUUGCAAAGACCUUUCUCUGAAGCGAUCUUAGCAAUAGGGUACUUCUUAAGAUCAGGAAAUACUUUCUGGAACAGCAUAUUAAAAAAACCCCUGAAUGAAUCAAGUAAGCUGAACUGAGUAAAGGAUGAUUAAUGGAGAAAGACCUUAUUUGCACUACAUGUAACUUUUGAUAGGAAAAAAGUAUGCUCUCAAUCAGCUUACUACACAUUCAGUCUGUAUGCAACCAUGAUCCCAUGCAUAUUCAUGUGCAAGUCAUCGCCAUUAGUCCUGUGGUGCAGACUUCCAAGGAUGCGUGCAUAUAGAGCUGUGGCUUUAUGGCAGACCUCUUGUGUCAAGGUUGAUCGCUUGAUUAACAGUAUUUGAUGACUGGCAGCUAUUAGAUCUAAGAUGCCCUACUGCUUUUUUGGAUGGGUGCCAAAGGGAAUAGCUAAGCAAAUCCCUUCUGCUUGGUAGCUGAUUUCUGAUCUUCCUGGUAGCUGAUAUUAUUGUCGAUCGUAAUUUCAUGUGGCUCAGUUGCAUUGUGUGAACUAUUUUGUGGAAUAGGUACCCUACACGGAUAUCGGUUGACAUAAGGCAGGAUAGAAAUAUUUUACAAAAUAUGAAAUAUGAAAUUUGAUUUCAGCUAGAGAAGGAGGAAGGAGGAAGAAGUUACCCUUUAGUGCAGGCUUCCUCAACCUCGGCCCUCCAGAUGUUUUUGGCCUACAACUCCCAUGAUCCCUAGCUAGCAGGACCAGUGGUCAGGGAUGAUGGGAAUUGUAGUCUCAAAACAUCUAGAGGGCCGAGGUUGUAGAAGCCUGCUUUAGUGUACCUAGCAGUCAAAUAGAUUCUUAGGAGGGCUAAAUGCUAUUGCUUUUAGGGAAUUCGGUGCUGUCUACCUUGUUGUUGUCAGUGUGCAUCUCCCUAUUCAGCUUGAGUAUUGUACAUAUUUCUCUCGAGGUUUUGAAGCAGAGGCUGGAUGGUCACUGUUGUAGUAAGGGAUAUCCUGCAUCAGUAGAGGAUUGAACUAGAUGACCUUUUGGAGCCUUUCCAACUCUAUGAUCAUGGGAUUUCAUGCAGAUAUUAUGCACACAAAAAGAAAAUUUAUUUACUUAUGUAGGUUCUCGAGCAUCUGUUGCAGGUGUGGGAAAACCCUUUGACUCCGUGGGCCAGAUCCUUAUCAGGAUUAGCCUUGAUAGAAUGUGGGACCACCCAUCUGUCAGUCACUUGAUCUCACAAUGAUGGCACCAUUUGGUGCUUUGAAUGCCCAAACUUGCAGCUUCAAAGCACUUUGCUAGCAGCAAGGUGCUGAUGAAACAAAGGUCUCCCCCACUGCCUGUAACCCUGCAAAUUUGCUGCUUGUUGUACGCAUUACCAAAUUAGAAGGGACUGUUCAUCUGACUCAUUAUAAGGCAGGUUCUUCACCGAUAUUGCCAUUCAUCGAAUUACCUCAAAUGCAUAAAUAUGAUGAACGACAAAUUAGAAAUAAUC